AUGGUGAUUCUGCGGACGGAGCGAGUCUUCUGCCAGACCGCUAAGGUAAGGGGUACUGUAAUUUUUGAAAGUGUAAGCUGUGAAGAUGUAUAGUACGUCUGUACUAUGUAGCACUAAUUUAAAAAAAAAGUUUUUUUUUUAAGUUUUAUAAAUAUAUCUUAGCUUACUACAAUAUACCACUAUAUUCCAGACCAAGUUCUCAGAAUGUUACCUGAUGAUAUCAUUCGACUCUACUGGCCCCUCUUUCACUCUCUACAAGGAUAACACUGCCAAAAAACAACUACUACAAACGAUUGAUCUAAAAAAAGCGGCCCAAAAUAUACGUUUUGGUACGACAUGUAGACCUUAUGGUAACUUGCCUAUAUUUAAAAAAGAUAAUCGACUGGAUACGGAUAACUUUAUGGUCUUUCAAGUAGAAGUAAUUGUUAAGAAGAACCACCAGCCAAAGCUGGUUUGGCUCUGUGCUGAAUCGGCUAAACAAAUGUUUGGCAUCUUGAAGGUAAAGAUUGUAUAGUUUUGAUAAUUUUCUGAAAUUAAAAAGUGAAAACUUGAAGUUUUAAAAUUUAAUAUCUUUAAGAAAAAUAAAAUUUUUAGUUUAGCUUUAGCUUUAGCCACGAAAUGAUUUCUAGUUGUAUUAAAUAUCACUCCGGUGUUAAAACAAGAACUAUAUGAGAUGAAAGGACAUAAAAAGCCAAAAAAUCAUUUUCAAAAACUGCUAAAUGGCCUUGGUCAGCGAGUUAUUCGAAAAAGUAUACUUUGAGCCUCACGCCAAAAAGAAAUCGACGGUAUUCAAACACAACUUCUCUAAUGCAGUAGCCCUUGACCACAUAAGAUUUUCGCCGCUAAUAUCUCGUUAGCCAUGACUGAUUAGCAGUUUUUGAAAGUGAUUUUUGUGGUAACGUUUUAUGUUAUUUAUUCUAUAGUGUUCUUAUUUUAAACCCCGAGAGAUAUUUGGUACAACUGCUCUGUAAAGAUAAAAAUGUAAAAACAAACAUUUAUAGAUCUUUGCCACAUGCCUAACAUACCUGAACAUUCCGCCUCCACCAAGAAAUCCAGAUGUAAAUGAUCCCAAUUCUUUGGCAAAGUACAAACCUCAUCUACUCACUCCAGCCAAUAACUGGGAACGCUUUUGGGAAAACCCUCCGCCAGCGAAGCUUUUGUCCGCGUUGGAGCUGGCUAGGGCUUUGACAAAGUAGGUUUAUAAUCUAAACUAAUUUAUAAAAAUUGUAUUUUACUAUGGCGUAAAAUUUACAAUUUUCUUAUGGAAUUCUUAAUGUUUUGUUGUUUUUGAUUGUGACUUAUUUAUUUAGAAGCCUAGAAGCUAUCAAUCAAACUCCAGAAAUUUCGAAUAAAAGCAAAACUGUAAGCAGUACCAGUAAAGUUGCUGUGAAGCCGAUUGAUCAAAGAAGAAGAAGCUCUAGUACUACAAGCACAGCAAAGUAAGAACUUUUUACAAGUUUUUUGAAAAUACAGUAAACUGUAUAACGAACCGCUCAAAAAUUUUGUUUUCUAUAUUGUGUUAGAGAACAAAUCAUUUGAACAACCUAAUAUAUAAUAUAACAAAAUAAGUUAGUUCCAGAUCAAUUUCCAACCACUACAUACCGAUUCACUCUCUGCGUCGUGCGUCAGAGCUGCCUAAACACCCGUUAACUAUCGUAAGACCACACAAAUACGAAAAGAAUGAAACUCCAUCGCCACCUUUAUUGCGCCAAAAGACAACAUUACAAAAGGUGCGGUGGCUGUAAAACCGUUUUAUAUUGACAUAGACUUUGUUUCAAAAAAUCUCAAAAAAUUUUUAAAAUUUUUUCGAAAUUUGAAUUUUAAAUUUAUUAUGUAAAAUACGGCUUUUAGAUUUGAUUGUUAAAAUGACCCUCAUUUACAUUUUUGAAUUUCAGAAGAUCCCAGAUGGUCGUGUAGAAGUACUACCACUAAAAACAGCUUCAGAAGCUUUAGUAGCCCCACAAAAAGCACUACCAGUAUCUCCGGAGCCAAAUUACAUUUACUAUGUGCCAAAGCAUUGUCAUUGCUAUGACCACACUGCCUACAAUGGUCAAACGUCAGAACAUGACAAGCCAAAAAGACCGUUAUCAACAUAUUCCUCAGCUUAUGGUAGUGCUCCUCAAACACCAUCUCAUCUACAGCCAAAACAGCCCAUUCUCAACAAUACUGACUUGCUUCGCCGUAUGUCCGAACUGAGUUUGCGGCCGAUAGGUAAAAGACCUAGAUACAACAAGUACGAUGACAUUUAUGAAGAGAUUAACUUAAAGACGGAUUCUGAUCUUUAUCAUACUAAAUACGACAAGAAAGCGCCACUGGCUAUACCUACUGAGCAUGAAAACAACAGAUCUACCCAAUACGAACCAACUACUGAAGUACCGUAUAAUGUCAGAAGAUACAGCGAACAGGAGCGUCAAGUCAGUUUACCACACGAAGAAAGCGAUGACAUAGAGAUCAGUAUAAGUGAAACGGAACAAAGAUGUGUCAUCAUGAUCAGUCGCGGUAUUCAAACUCAACAUGACUUACCGCAUCCACCGAUACCUCUAGUAGAUGAUUAUGGCUACGCACAGGUCAAAAGAUACAGUCCAGUUCAGAAUGUGAGAGAUGGCAACUACAGCAGAAUGUCUAUGGCCAGCUUGAGAAGUAUUUACUUGAGGUAGGCUGCUUUUGAAGGUACUUUCGAUGAUUGCUUUGUUAUGAUAGCGCACAUGAGCAACUUACUUAAACUCCAAUUUUAGACAUCUGGAGACUGAUGACUAUGCCACUGAGGACCCCUUGCUUGUCCAGUACGACCAACCAUUGCUUGACAAGGCCGAGAACAGCCAUCUACGCUCAUAUACAGUUGAAAUUACUCAAGCCCAUGAACUAUGA